CGCUUCUCACUUUUCAGUGGUGUACGUAGUUACUUUUUGUGCUCAUUUUAUUUUUCUUUCAUUCAUAAUGUAAUAAUUCAGUGACAUCACAUGGCAUUGUAAAUGACUCUCCAAAAAGUAUAUUACACAAAAGAUAAAUAUUAUAAAAAAACAACUAUUUACAUUUUGUUAUUUAUGAUGUACUUUUUUAUUAUUCAUUUUACUUGCAACAAUAAUUAAGUCUUCGGAAGUAAAUAAAUAGGUAAAAAUUCAUAUCAUAUAGAUAGCGAAUAUCUAAAAUCAUUAUCGAACUAUACUUGAUAAAAGUGGCAUUUGAUAAAGAAUUACUAAAGUACAAAAAUAAAUAAAGCUGUUUAUAAAAUGGAUACGAUGGAUAGCAAUAAUAAUAUAUCAAUGACAUUUUGUCCACCGAAUGUAACAUUUGAUGAAAUAUGGGUGACUCAUGGAAUGUCAAAAUGCUUCCUGGACACCGUUUCUACUGCAGUUAUUUCAUUAUAUUUGUUAAUAUUUGGUACAUUGCAAUUAGGGAUGUACUGGAAAUAUGGAACUCCUCGAAAUACUUCAUUACCACGAAGUAAAUUGUAUAAUUUACAAAAAUUAUUUUUAUAUCUUGUACCAGUACUUAGUUUUACUAGGAUUAUACUACAAGCUACGAUAUUGGAUGAUAAAAAAGUUUAUGGUUACAUGAUAUUAACUACAUGUCUAACCAUGAUUAUUUAUCCGUACUCUGUAUUAAUAUUAAGGGUAGAACGGCACAAAUUGUUGCCAUCAGUACCACCACGUGGUCAUGGUUUAGUACUUCUAGGUUUUUGGACAUUUGCAUUUAUUGGUGAAAAUUUAUCUUUUUUCAAUAUUGGUAAAUCCGAAUGGUGGUUCCAUUUGAAUACACCGAGUGAUCAAAUAGAAAUGUCAUUAUUUGUCUUGAGAUAUGUGAGCAAUUUGAUGAUCUUCGCAUUAGGAUUAAGGGCGCCUGGAAUAUUUGGUAGUUCUGAGCUUGAUUAUAAUACACUGAAUGAUAAUAAUGUUAAUUCAAGAUAUUAUCAAAGUCGUCCAGACGACAAUCAAUCAACAUGGAAGAAUGUUUGGUACAAAAUAAAAACACUGAGUCCAUUUUUAUGGCCAAAGAGUUUUUUACUGCAAUUACGAGUAUUAUUUUGUUUUUCAUUGUUAGCGGGUGGUCGUGUGAUUAAUCUAUAUGUUCCAAUAUAUAGUAAAAAAAUUGUUGACAGUGUUAUAGAUUUAUCUUCCAUCAAUUAUAGGUGGGACUUAAUUGUUAUUUAUGUCCUUUUUAAAUUUUUACAAGGCGGUGGUACCGGUGGUAUGGGUGUAUUAAACAAUUUACGAUCAUUUUUAUGGAUAAGAAUACAACAGUAUACAACACGUGAAGUUGAAGUUGAAUUGUUCAGACAUUUACACAGUCUAAGUCUUCGAUGGCAUCUCGGACGCAAAACUGGCGAAGUAUUACGUAUAAUGGAUCGUGGAACAGAUUCAAUAAACAAUUUACUAAAUUACAUAUUAUUUUCUAUUGUUCCCACCAUAGUUGACAUUAUUGUUGCUAUUAUUUUCUUCGUUACCGCUUUUAAUCACUGGUUCGGACUCAUUGUCUUUAUUACAAUGUUCUUAUACAUACUCGCAACAAUUGGUAUCACCGAGUGGCGUACAAAAUUCCAGAGACGAAUGAAUCUGGCGGAUAAUGCACGUAAUGCAAGAAGCGUCGACAGCUUGCUGAACUUCGAAACUGUCAAGUAUUAUGGUGCUGAAAGUUACGAAGUUGAUAGUUACAGAGAAGCUAUUUUGAAAUUUCAAAUUGAAGAAUGGAAGUCAUCGAUAACUUUGAAUAUGCUUAAUACUCUGCAGAAUGUUAUCGUGUGCGGAGGGUUACUUGCUGGAUCUCUUUUGUGUCUUCACAUGAUUGUUUAUGAAAAAACAUUAACUGUAGGAGACUAUGUAUUGUUCGCUGGUUACAUUAUUCAACUUUAUGUUCCAUUGAAUUGGUUUGGAACAUACUACAGAGCGAUACAAAAGAAUUUCGUUGAUAUGGAAAAUAUGUUUGAGCUAUUACGUGAAGACCAAGAAGUAAUAGAUGCUCCUGGUGCCGGACCAUUGAUAGUAAAACGCGGACAAGUUGAAUUCAACAACGUAACAUUUGGAUACGUUGGUGAGAAAACAAUACUGAAAAAUGUGACAUUUACGGUGCCAGCCGGUAAAACUGUAGCCAUUGUUGGACCUUCGGGUGCUGGUAAAUCGACAAUUAUGCGACUACUGUUCCGCUUUUAUGACGUGGAACAAGGUUCAAUUUGUAUUGAUGGUCAAAAUGUCAAAACGGUGAAACAAGAUUCUCUAAGAAGUGCCAUCGGAGUUGUGCCUCAAGACACUGUUUUAUUCAAUAAUACAAUUAAAUAUAAUAUUCAGUACGGUGCGAUAGACGCGCCAGAAGCUGAUGUUAUUGCGGCAGCUAAAAACGCAGAUAUUCACGAGAAAAUUUUAACGUUUCCCGAGGCUUAUGAAACACAGGUUGGAGAAAGAGGAUUAAGACUAAGUGGCGGUGAAAAACAGCGUGUAGCCAUAGCGCGUACAAUGUUAAAAGCUCCAAAAAUAGUUUUAUUAGACGAAGCAACAAGUGCACUUGACACUCAAACUGAAAGAAAUAUUCAAGCAGCUCUAAAUCGUGUAUGUAAUAAUCGGACGACAAUUAUAAUAGCCCAUAGACUGUCGACGAUAAUAAACGCCGAUGAAAUACUAGUUUUGAAAGAUGGGGAAAUAGUUGAACGUGGCAAACACGAGGAAUUAAUCUCUUAUGGUGGUGUUUAUCGGGAUAUGUGGCAUGCACAGUUACAAAAUGACCAAGAAGCGCCAUCAGAAGACACCAGUAAGGAAAAUAAUAAAAGUAGUGAAAGUAAUUCAAAACCAUUGCCUCCAGGACAUCCCCCUAUUCAUUUUUGAAAAUUUCAUUGAAAAGAUUCGUUUUUAAAUAAAUAAUUAUUACUGAGA